AAAAAAAUAAAAAGAAAAUUCCCCAAAUUGUCAGGUGGUUUCGGACUUUCGGUCGUUUCCCUUCGAAUCGCAAGCGAAGAAGAGGAAGAAUCCCCAGUCGUCUCCGCUGCUGUCAGCACCACACCAAUGGCUGCGAUCUUAGCUCGAAAGUCUCUCUCUGCCCUUCGCGCUCGUCAGCUUGCUGUAUCCGGACAAACAUUGCAGGGCUCACACCAAUAUGCGCUACGAUCUGGUGCACACUUAUAUUCCACCAAGAAAGAUGAUGAAGAAAGAGAGCAGCUUGCAAAGGAGAUUUCCAAGGAUUGGAGUUCUGUUUUUGAAAGAAGCAUAAACACGCUAUUUCUCACUGAAAUGGUUCGCGGUUUGAUGUUAACGCUCAAGUAUUUCUUUGAAAAAAAAGUGACUAUCAAUUAUCCAUUUGAGAAGGGUCCUUUGAGCCCCCGGUUUCGUGGUGAGCAUGCCCUCCGACGAUAUCCAACUGGAGAGGAACGUUGCAUUGCCUGCAAACUCUGUGAAGCUAUAUGUCCUGCACAAGCGAUAACAAUAGAGGCUGAGGAACGUGAGGAUGGAAGCCGUAGGACAACUAGGUAUGAUAUUGAUAUGACCAAAUGCAUCUAUUGUGGAUUUUGCCAAGAGGCCUGCCCCGUUGAUGCAAUUGUUGAGGGGCCCAACUUUGAAUUUGCAACAGAGACUCAUGAGGAGCUUCUGUAUGACAAGGAGAAGCUACUUGACAAUGGGGACCGAUGGGAAACUGAAAUUGCAGAGAACCUGAGAUCUGAGAGUCUCUAUCGUUGAUGUUUUCUUGCCAGUUGACACUAAAACUUUUCAUAUGAAAAUAAAAGAUCUUUACAUGGGUCUUGAAUACUUUGUAUUAAAAAUUUUUGCGGUUCGGGUAUGUUUUUUGUUGAAUUUGCUGUUGCUGCUACAUUUUAACACUGAAAAGUGAUGGAUAAAGAACUACAAUUACAAGCAUCAA